AUGGGUUUCUGGGACACGAUUACCGACCUGGCUGAGGCCGCCAUGCCGUGGGCCACCGUCGAGGCCGAGGCCCCUGCCGCCGAGGACAAGGAGGAGAGCCCCGCCGAGGAGAGCAAGGAGGAGGAAGAGGAGGAGGAAGAAGAGGAGGAGGAGGAGGAAGACGAGGAAGAGCUCGUCGACCCCAAGGAGAAGCUCGAGGAAGAGUGCAAGGAGUCCAAGGCUUGCGCACCGGCCAAGCACCACUACGACGAGUGCGUCGAGCGCGUCACCGCGGCCGCCGACUCCGAGGAGGGUGCCAAGGAGGACUGCGUCGAGGAGUUCUUCCACCUCGCCCACUGCGCCACCGCGUGCGCCGCCCCUAAGCUCUGGGCCCAGCUCAAGUAA